ACGCAGCUUAUAGCACAAACCGCACGCCGUGCGUGAUUCAAAGGGUUCUGAUUUAUCGCUAAGUAAUAGUAGUUGAUUUAAUAGUUUCUUUACUUUUUAGUCUUAGACGUUAAACUAUGGAUGACGAGGACGAGACUUACAAAUUGUGGCGCAUUAGAAAAACCGUAAUGCAAUUGUGUCACGACAGAGGUUAUCUUGUGACACAGGACGAGUUGGAUCAAACGCUAGAACAAUUCAAGGAACAGUUUGGCGACAAGCCUAGCGAGAAACGACCGGCCAGAAGCGAUCUUAUUGUUCUGGUGGCGCAUAACGAUGAUCCUACCGAUCAAUUAUUUGUCUUCUUCCCGGAUGAGCCGAAAAUUGGCAUCAAGACUAUUAAAACUUACUGCCAACGUAUGCAAGAAGAGAAAAUUCAUAGGGCAAUUAUUGUGGUCCAGCAAGGAAUGACACCAUCCGCCAAGCAGUCCCUAGUGGACAUGGCACCAAAAUACGUACUAGAACAGUUCUUGGAGUCCGAAUUAUUGAUCAAUAUUACAGAGCACGAGCUAGUACCGGAGCAUAUAGUUCUCACUCAGGAAGAGAAGGAGGAGCUGUUGGCAAAGUACAAACUGAAGGAGAAUCAAUUGAUGAGGAUACAAGCCGGCGACCCGGUGGCUCGUUAUUUCGGUUUGAAACGCGGACAGGUUGUCAAGAUUAUCAGGCCGUCAGAGACCGCAGGGAGAUACAUAUCUUAUAGACUGGUCUGUUGAAGACAGGAAAUGUCACGAGGAUCUAAACAAAACAGCAGUUUGCAAUAUGUUUGUUUAUUGUACCUGUGUAUUUUUUUUUUUUUUUUAUAACUGCGCACUUGUAUUGUACAUACCGUCAUGCUAACAGUAACUAAAAUUUCUUGGUUCACACUUGCAGA